CAUACAUAUAUGUAAAUUGUUUAUUAAAAAUAAUACUACUAAAUUCAUACAAAAGAAUAUAAUUGUUUAAAUAAAAUAAAUUUUAAGUGAAAAUAGUGCAAAACCAAAGUGAAUGGAAGUGUCUAGUAAAACAUCAGCGAAGGAAACAUAAAUUACACUCAUUACCACAAACACUUUUUAUUUGGAUUACACAUCUUCUUUUGAUUUGAAAUACACAUCACCACGACCACAAAGACUGCAGCGUCUAAUAAAGGAUUUCCUAUUAAUAUAGUUAAAACAAAUAAUUAAUCCAAAUCGAGGAACCAAAAACAACAAACACAACAAUAAAAAUGUUCAUAAAAUGACAAAACUUUAAUAGUUAAAAACAAUUUUUUUUAAAAUUUUAUUUUCUUUUAAGCCACCCUUAUUUAUUUUUUAUUUAAAUAAAAUAAAAUCGGCUUUUCCUUUUUAAUUUGAACUAAAAGGCCUAAGUUGAAUACUUUUUUGUUACAAAUGUGGAAAAUGUUUGACGAUAUUAUUGAAUGCAAUGAAUGUGGUGGUCCUUUGGGCCCACCACCAAAAUUCACAGUACCACCACCUCCUCGGCCACCCUCAAUGGCUGCCUAUGAGGCCUCUACGAACUGCAACGAAGAAGAGAUGGCACUGAAAGCGCAACAAGCCUGGGACAACGAUAUGUGUGAAGCAAUGCCGAUUCUUGAUGCCAGUUUUUAUAGCAGUCAAUCAUUACAAACAUCCGCCAUGAUUGCUGUCUUUUCACUGCUCCUGGUUUUAGUUGUUUUAAUAUCAUCACUCUUUGUAUGGAAAAACAAACGAAAAGUGCAAAACUUGUUACCCUGCAAAACACCCACCAGAGGUCCACAUAUAACCGGAGCAUUGUCAGCACUGGCAUCUGGACACUCAGUAACAUAUGAGGAUCCGGAUGCUCAUUUGGGUCAUCACCGACCUUUGGUAAUGAGACAUCAUCACAAUGUUGAGAUGUUGCAUAGUAAAGGUAUACAUUAUCCAAGCGGUUAUCCCAUGACCAGAUCUCCACCAUUUUUGGUCAGCAAUUCACCAGGACCCGAUCCAUAUCGGUCAAAUGACAACGUAUACGAAGAACUGGGACCGAGUCAUGAUUCAGAUGGUGAGAGUGAACCUCCCAUGCAUUCCGAUGAUGAUUUUGCUGAGGACGAACUCUCUUUGCCUGGAGAGCGUUCUUUCAACAAAUCUACAGACACUAAUAAUGCUACAAGCGCUGUAACAUCAGCGUUUCCCGACAAAACAGAACCUAACGUAGCAUCAAGUGGCAAUGGUCCAGAACGUAAUAGUGUUCUGUCUUCGGCUUCCUCUACACAAGAUGCAUCAACAGCUACGGCUGCCUCAUCUAGUUCGUCUCACAACAAUAAUUCGAAUGCAAAUAAUGGCAAUGUUUGCGCUACAACGACGACAUCCAGGGGUGGAGCUGCUGCACUUCUAUCCGGAAUGCUAAGACAUACCACGGGCCGGAAAACUUCAACCAAUGGAGCCAGAUCAAAGAAUGAUCGCAGAAUUCCACCUACUGAAGAUUUGAACACUUCUACUUCUACAGCGGAGGUGGGUGAUCUCACACCCAUGCAACAAAUGUAUGACAAUUCCAGCAAUCUUAUGGCAUUAGGAUAUCAACAACAUCAACAGCAGCAACCUGCACUAAACUACCCACACCCACAAAGUUAUCAUCAUAGCCUGCAUCAUAUGCAUAAUCACAAUAACAAUAGGAAUACCAAUGCUCAUCCUGUGCCUCAUUUUUACAAUACUAUCGAGAGUGAAGUGGAGAGGAGAAAUCGCAUUAAUGCUCAAUUGAAAAACUCUUCGAAUCCUGCAGUGGCUACCAUAUUUCGUGAAAGAAUACAGUAUCCUGGAAGUGCAAGAUAUCAGCAACACUAUUAUGCUGGAAAUGCUCCAAAUGGUCUCUUAGCUGCCUCUAUGAGGGCUAGAACAAAUCCGAGAUCUAUGGACAGAAGGAGAGGUCGUGUGGGGGCACCGUUGGAUCCAGUAGAACCAGCAUACGGAUACACGGAGCCUGUUUAUCACCAAAACUAUCACUACGAGUCUUGUAAUACACCAAAUGGCAUGCAACAACGUAUACCACAACACAUGACUGCAUACCCAACCUACAUCAUGCCCGAAUAUAGUUCAGGCAGCAUAUCGUCCUACAGACAGCAUCAGCAUCACCAUCCUCAUCAUCAUCAUCCUGCCUCGCAAACAUACCAAAACUCGUCGUCACUUUAUGGUCACGGUGAUUCUAGUUUCGGUUCAGACUCUGGCUACAGUCACCAUACACCAGCAUCCUCAAUAGGACGACAUGAUUAUGAUAUUGCUAUGCCAAUACCUCCAGCGCCACCUGCGCCCACGCAAAAGCCACCCAGCAAGCUAGCCAAUGCUUUAAGCUUUUCUUGGAAUAAAAAAAAAUCUUCCAACACAAACUCCAUGAAUAUGCAACCCAAUACCAACAAAACACCUGCGCUUUCGACAUCCACAGCAACAGAAGCUUCCAGUCCCAACAAUAACAGUGGUGCGUCGACCAUUACCUCAACUCUGGAAAACACAUCGUCCUCUUCGAGCGGUGGCCUACAAUCACAAAAUAAUAACGAACUAGUACAGGCGUGAAAGUAGAGUAGAACUGAAUGUGGCAAAACAUUUUUAGAAAAUAUUUGUGCCCAAAAUAACUCUGUAGACUUAUUUAUAGUCCUUUCCCCAUCCACCCAAAAUAUAGUCAAAUCUAGAAACUAAGUUUAUCCAAAAAUAUUGAAGACGGAACAGAAUCCAACGUAUCAUUAGAUUAUUUAGAUUAUAAACAUUCAUAAGUACUUGUAAAUACUAAAACCAAAUUAUUUUAUUUAAGUUUAAUUAUGUAUAUAUCCAAAAGAGCUUUGUACGAUUACUGUUAUAGGCAUUAUAUAUAUUAGUCGUACUCGUUCUACUUACUUACUACUACUCCAACUGACAAGUAUUGAAAACAAAUACGAAACUCUAAACUAAGUAUAAAGAAAACCGAUUAAGCAAUAACAUUUAGUCCAAAUACAAAAACAAAAUCUAUUAAAUCUAUCUUUGUUAUUGUUUUAGUUAUAAGCAUCAUUUCCCUAUCAACCAUAUUUCAUUCUCUUCAUCAUCUU